GUUUCUAACAAACAAUCUAUCUACCCAUUAUAACACUAGGUUACUCACAGAGGUCUGCUGUCACAAUUGAAAAUUAAACAUGCAAAAUUCACCUACAAAGAAGAAAAAAAAUAAAAGAGGUCACAAGAAGAAAAAUGUCAAAGAAGAAAAAGAUGCGUUGCAAGAAGUGGAUAGAACCAUGUACAAUAUACAAAUAGCCGAUCUCACUGAAAAGCUCACAAGAGUAACGAAUAGGUGUGCCGAAUUGGAGAGAAAUAAUGAUUUGGAAAGAGAAAAAGCUAAUUCGUUGAAAGAGGGGCAAUGUGACAUCAUAGCAUAUUUAUCGAGACAAGUUGAAAUCAAAAAUAACGAGAUUAUUGAUUUAGAAAAUACUGUUUCGACCUUAAAAACAACUAUUGAACACCAAAAAAUAAACUAUGAAGACAUUAUAAUGAAGAAGAAUGGACAAUUUGAAACAGUUUUUGGACAAUUGAAAGCAGAAAUUGGAUUGUUAAACAGUAAAGUAAAUUCAUUGAAUGAGUUUAAAAAACAAAGAUCUCAAUUAACUGAUAAGUUUUUGAAACAAGAGGAAGAACUAUCAAAACUAAAAGGAGAAAACAAUAAUUUACUUUAUGAAACUGAGAAAAAACUUAUUAUAGCUAAAGAACAUAUGAAACGUCAAAAUGAAGCUAAGCUUUUGCAACUAUCUACAACAAUUCAGAAUAACCUACAAAAGUUAAUGUCUUCAACUUUUCAAAGAACUUUACAAGAAAAUGUUAAUAUUAAAGCUGAAUUAAAUAAAUGUUCGGAUAGUUGGUUCAAAAUGGAUAAGAAAUAUACGUUGCUGAAAUCAGAUAACUUAGAUUUGAAAAUCGAAAAUAAAAUGUAUAUGAAAGAAAAUAGCCGUCUAAAUAAAAUAAUCAUAGCUCAAAAACAGAUAAUGGAUGCAAUAAAAGCUAAAAAAUUAGGUCUUACCUUACAAGUACAAGAUUUAUCUACGAAAAAUGAGAGGAACCAGCGUAUUGCGUACAGGGCCAGCAGAAUAAAUACAACGAUGACACAGCUAAAACAGACGUUAAAAAGAAAAAACCGAAAAUUACGAAUCUUGACAAACAAUUUAGCAGCGAUGAAAGCUGAAAUAGAAACAUUGUGUUUGCAUAUAUACAAAAUGGAUUCGAUGCUAGUGACGACGACAAAGUCGAUGGAGAAAAUUUUGAAAUUGAACGAAGUUGACCAAUCGUUGAGCAAGUACAAGGGUAAUGUUUAUUACUCAUUUGUUGUAAAUUUAUACAAGCUUUUCAUUGCUACGAAGUUAAGAAAAGUAGAAAUCCGGGGAUUUGAUUCUAUUAAAGGUGUGAAAGUUACACUCUUGAACAUAAAAAAAAAACAAAGAUGUACACGUUCAGUUUUCAAAUUUCAAAGGAAUAAACUAAAA